UUUACUUUCUGUCAACAAAUCCGCAGUUAGUUUGUUCCGUGGAGUUAAAGCAACGUGUCUGAGGAAAAAUCCCGUCCCGUUUCGGUACCGGUUCGCUGCUCUGAACGUUGGUACCGGUUCUUAUUCUAGUCCGGCUCCGUUUUCAGUUGUAAAGAUGACUUUUUGUAGAGUUCUGUUGGGGUUCCUGGUCUCGGCGUYCUGGCUCCUGUGUGUGUCCGUGGCGCAGAACCAGGACCAUCGUGUCGUGACCGCCGGGAACGGCACCACGACCAAACACGAAGCCAACUCCACCGGAACCAACAAGAACUCCACGACUCACGGGUUUCACAGGCUCGGCGUGGUCGUGGACGGCUCCAUGAUCCAGAGGGCCCUGUACGUCCUGAUCGGGUUCACCAUGAUCGGACUCCUGUACUUCCUGAUCCGAGCCGUCCGGUUGAAGAAGUCGACUCAGAAGAAGAAGUACGGCCUGCUGUCCGACUACGACGACUCGGUGGAGAUGGAGGCGGUGGACAGCGAGGAGGACGACACGCUGUACGAGGCCCGCAGCCUGCGCAG